AUGCCUCCAGAAAAAUCUCCUUUUGGUUCUCUUCAGAAGCUAACGGGGUUGGCUUCCUUCAUUCUUAGCCGGAGAUUCAACUCUUCGAAAUGCAAGACGGAAGCGAAUCUGGUUUCUGCUAGAAUCAAGCUUCUGAGGAACAAGAGGGAGACGCAGCUGAGGCAGAUGCGGCGCGACAUUGCCAUGCUUCUCCAUUCUGGCCAGGAGGACACUGCCCGGAUACGGGUUGAACAUGUUAUUAGAGAACAAAAGGUUAUGGCGGCAAAUGAGGUCAUCAACCUUUUCUGUGAACUUAUUGUGGUUCGUUUGCCAAUCAUUCAAAAGCAAAGGGAUUGCCCUGCAGAUCUCAAAGAAGCUAUCUCCAGUGUGAUAUAUGCGGCUCCAAGAUGCUCAGAUAUUCCUGAGCUUUCUAGAAUUCGUGACAUUUUUGAGAAGAAGUAUGGAAAGGAUUUUGUGUCUGCUGCAACUGAUCUGCGUCCGGAAUCUGGAGUAAAUAGAAUGCUUAUUGAGAAGUUAUCAAUUAAAAAACCAGCUGGUGAUGUGAAGCUAAAGGUCUUGAAAGAAAUAGCGAAGGAAUAUCAGAUAGAGUGGGAUGCAAAAGAAACUGAGCUUGAGCUUCUUAAACCUCCUGAAGAACUACUUGAAGGACCACGCACAUUUGUUAGUGCCAGUAGCUUCCCAAUCAAGUCUAACCUUCCACCUCAGAAUGUGCAGCUGAAGGAACCCACCCUCAGUGACAGCGAAGGAUCUUCUAUGCAUUUCAAGGACACAGCCUCAGCUGCACAAGCAGCUGCAGAAUCUGCAAAGGCGGCAGCCUUUGCUGCUCAAGCUGCAGCUUUCCUUGCCCAGCAAAGCUCUAAUGAAUCAAGAAGGAAUUCCUUAAAUUCCACAAAUUCUACCGGGAAAAGAUUUAGCUCUCAAAGCUUUAAUGCAUCAAACCAUAUGGAUGAUGAAGAUGAUGAUGCUGAUGACUUUAGCAAUAAAAAGAUUCUCAGAAGGAACAGCUCUAUUGGGCGCAGAUUCCAUGGUGAUAUUAAAUUUGAUGAAUCUGAUGGAUCCAAUUCAGAGAGCGAAAUAGAAGUUGCAAAAGAAACCAAACAUUCAGCAGAAAGUCAUGGCCCCCCAGCAAGGCGGGCUCCAAAUCCUCCUAAAAGCUCAGGAUGGCAAGGAGAUAAAGAAACAGCAAGCAACUGGUCAGCUAAUUCGGUUCCUCAUAUCCAUCCAAAGCUCCCUGAUUAUGAAGAAAUAACAGCUCGAUUUGAAGCACUGAAGUCACAUAGGACUUGA